AUGGACACCCGCACAGAAACAUACGCAAGUCUUCCCUCAUCACGGCAAAGCCGGAUGAAAAUCGACUCCCUGCUCAACCCACCCGCCGACUCGGUGGAACGAGAUUACAACCCCAUCUCCCCAUGCCAGACAACGCCCAGCUACCAAGCCUAUCCACCCUCACCGGGCUACUGGCGCUAUCAAGGCUACCACGACACAAGCCCCGGCGCAACCUCAACUGCAACCACCCACACCUCCAGUAACUCAACCACAAGCACCCAACACCAUCACAUGUUCCUAUCCUACCGACCAUCGGGCUCAGCCCCCUCAAGCCCAGACCCGUACCAGCCGCGCGAGCGCUAUGACUCUGUCUCCUCGUCUUCGUCGACAAACGCCGACCGCCGGCGGCCCCCGCGCCCAAAGUACGAGGAAGAGGAGAUGUACUUUAUCUGGUACCACCGCGUUGACCUGUGCCAGGAGUGGAAGGAGGUGCGGGAGAGCUUUAAUCGCCAUUUCCCCUCGCGGCAGAGACGCGGGUUCCAGGGUAUUCAGUGCAAGUUUUAUCGCUUUAUUAAAGAGAAGAAGUGCCCUACGCUACGGGAGCAGAGGAGGAUGAGGGAUGGGGAGUUUCUGAGAGACGGCGCGAGUUUGGGGCAUGAUUCGGGGGCGCCCAAGUUUGGUGUUAUUGAGUGGGCUAAUGUUUGGUAUCCGUGGAUGAGGGAGAGUCGAGAGACAGCGUUGAAGAUGCAGAGAGAGCAUCAACAAAGACAGACUUGA